AUCAUUAUUUUUUUACGUUUCUUCAAUUAAACAAUGUCGGUGAUAACUGAUAAGUAGUGAUCGCUUCCGUUUCUUUUUGGCUCCUGUCACAAAAAUGGAGGAUAAGAAGAAAUGGGGCAAGAGAAACGAGAAAGCAGAGCUGAGCGAAAUACUAAGAAAGUCAUGGUUUCAUCUGAGAUUAUCAGUGAGGCAUCCAUCUAGGGUUCCCACUUGGGAUGCAAUCAUUCUCACUGCAGCUAGCCCUCAACAAGCUCAGCUCUAUGAGUGGCAGCUCGCCCGCGCUAAGCGUCUUGCUCGUAUUGCUCCUUCUACUCUCACUCUUGUUGUUCCUGAUCCUCAUGCUUGUCGGAUCGGCUCCGGUGCCGCCACUCUCAAUGCCAUUCUUGCCCUUGCUCGUCAUUACCAACUCAAUUCCGAUUCCAAUCUAAAUGAUAAAAAUUCUUUAGGAGCUUCUUCCCUCCAUGAGACGUCCAAUAACGAAGUUUCCUCGCUGAUGGUUAACUUCCUGGCUAAAAAGCACAUUCUAUUGCUUCAUGCUGGCGGUGACUCGAAAAGGGUCCCAUGGGCAAACCCGAUGGGGAAAGCUUUCUUACCACUACCAUAUUUAGCAGCAGAUGACCCGGAUGGGUCAGUUCCCCUUCUUUUCGACCAUAUACUUGCAAUAUCUUCAUGUGCAAGGCAAGCUUUCAAAAAUCAAGGUGGAAUAUUAAUUAUGACUGGUGAUGUUCUUCCAGUUUUUGAUGCAUUCACCAUGGUUCUUCCAGACGAUACUUCCUGCAUUAUUACUGUUCCGAUAACUCUUGACAUUGCUUCCAACCAUGGUGUAAUUGUGGCAUCCAAAACUGGGACUUUCAGUGAAAGCUAUUCCGUGUGCCUAGUUGAAAAUUUACUUCAGAAACCUAGCGUCGAGGAACUUGUGAAGAAUCAAGCAAUUCUUAGUGAUGGUAGAACAUUGCUUGACACAGGAAUAAUAGCAGUUAGAGGUAAAGCAUGGGCAGAUCUUGUUUUAAUUGCAUGUUCUAGCCAACCUAUGAUUACCGAGCUUCUGAAGACCAGACAAGAGAUGAGCUUGUAUGAGGAUAUAGUAGCAUCUUGGGUACCAGCAAAGCAUGCAUGGCUAAAGCAACGCCCCUUGGGUGAAGAUCUUGUUACUGGAUUAGGGAACCACAAGAUGUUCAGCUAUUGUGCUUAUGAUUUAUCGUUCUUGCAUUUCGGAACUUCAAGUGAAGUCUUGGAUCAUCUUAGCGGGAUUGGUGCAGGACUUGUUGGCCGUAGGCACUUGUGUUCUAUUCCAGCAACAACAAUAUCAGACAUAGCUGCAUCUGCUGUUAUUAUAUCUAGCAAGAUUGCAGCUGGUGUUUCAGUCGGAGAAGAUUCUCUUAUAUAUGAUUCUUCGAUCUCUGGUGGUAUACAGAUUGGUUCGUUAUCUAUAGUUGUCGGCGUUAAUGUCCCUGGAGUAGAUGGUAGGUUCCACAAUGAUACAUUCAGAUUCAUGCUUCCAGACCGCCACUGUCUGUGGGAGGUUCCUUUGCUUGAAGCUGGAAGGGUCAUCGUGUACUGUGGCCUCCAUGAUAACCCCAAAAUUUCACUUGCAAAAGAUGGAACCUUUUGCGGGAAACCAUGGAAGAAAGUAUUAGAUGAUUUAAAUAUCAAUGAAAUAGACCUUUGGAAUUCAGUAGGAACCCAGGAAAAAUGCUUGUGGAAUGCAAAAAUAUUUCCUAUUCUCCCUUAUAUCGAGAUGCUAAGUGUUGCUAUGUGGCUGAUGGGUUUAAGUGAUAGAAACAAUGAUACCUUAUUUGCACUAUGGAAAGUUUCAACCCGUGUUAGUUUGGAAGAGUUGCAUUGUUCAAUCGAUUUUUCACGAAUGUGCAGAGGUUCCACAAAUCAUCAAGCUGAUAUUGCAACUGAAAUUGUUAAAGCUUGCCUUAGCUAUGGCAUAGUUGGGCGGAAUCUGUCUCAAUUGUGUGAAGAUAUUCUUCAGAAGGAAGCCUCUGGAGUCAAUAUAUGCAAAGAAUUUCUCAACAUGUGCCCUAAUCUCCAGGCACAAAAUCCGGCGAUCCUUCCCAAAAGCAGAGCAUACCAGGUACAGGUUGAUCUUCUCCGAGCCUGUGGCAAUGAAUCAGUGGCGACCGAAGUGGAGCACAAAGUUUGGGCUGCAGUUUCUGACGAAACUGCUUCAGCAGUACGAUAUGGCUUUAAAGAAGAUUUUCUGGAAACAUCCACUAAAAAUCUUGGGAUAGCAUAUCAUGAAAACAACUUAACGGGCUGUCUAAGUGAAUUCUUUACAAAAAAGGUGAAGGUAGAAUUACCUGUCCGCGUAGACUUUGUUGGUGGUUGGAGUGAUACCCCACCCUGGAGCUUAGAGCGUGCUGGUUGCGUCCUGAACAUGGCAAUAACUCUGGAAGGUUCUCUCCCUAUUGGUACUAUCAUAGAAACAACAAAGACAACUGGAAUAUUGAUUAGUGAUGAAGACUUAGAUCAAGUAUUUGUUGAAGAUUUUACUUCUAUCAAGACUCCUUUUGAAAUUAAUGAUCCAUUUCGGCUAGUUAAAUCGGCAUUGCUGGUUACGGGCAUUAUCCAUGACAAGAUCUUGCUUUCAGUGGGCUUGAAGAUUAAGACAUGGGCUAAUGUCCCUCGUGGUAGCGGUUUAGGGACUUCCAGUAUAUUAGCUGCAGCUGUCGUGAAAGGGCUUCUUCAAAUAACUGACGGGGAUGAAAGUAAUGACAAUGUUGCUAGACUUGUUUUGGUUUUGGAACAGCUAAUGGGGACAGGAGGUGGAUGGCAAGAUCAAAUUGGAGGCUUAUACCCUGGCAUAAAAUUUAGCACUAGUUUCCCUGGAAUACCGUUACGGUUGCAGGUCACUCCCCUAUCAGCUUCUCCUCAGCUUAUUAAAGAGUUGCAGCAACGUCUUCUAGUGGUAUUUACCGGACAAGUUCGACUUGCACACCAUGUCUUACAAAAGGUUGUGACUCGCUAUCUCCGCCGUGAUAACCUUCUUGUGUCCAGCAUCAAGCGCCUUGCGGAGCUGGCAAAGAUCGGGAGGGAUUCCUUGAUGAACUGCAACAUAGAUGAGAUAGGAAAUAUAAUGUUGGAGGCUUGGAGGUUGCAUCAGGAACUUGAUCCUUUCUGCAGCAAUGAAUUUGUUGACAAGCUUUUUGCAUUUGCUGAUCAAUACUGUUCUGGUUACAAGCUUGUUGGUGCUGGGGGAGGGGGUUUUGCAUUAUUGCUAGGAAAAGAUGCUGCAAGUGCCAAGGAAAUGAGACUUGUACUUGAAGAAAAUCCAGAAUUUGACGUAAGAUUCUACAAUUGGAACAUCUUUUUGCUGAACUAGGAGAAAGCUUCAUCCUCAGACGAGGGUGAUCUAUGACUAAAUUCACAUUUCAUUAAAUCACUGAAUGUACACUUCUGUCUUGGUUUUCUUGUAUAUUUUUCUAUAUCAUUGUAGAAUUGUACGAGCCUACUAUAGUUGUCGCAAACUCAAUAAAGUUCACAAUUUACUAAACUACAAUGAGAUAUUUCCAUCAA